GUAGCAAACAUGGCGGCCAUAGCGGUCGCCUUAGUAUUUCUGCUUUCCGGGGCGGGGCGACGCCGGUUUGGCGCGAAGUUUCAUCCUGACGAGGAAAGGAAGGCGAUUUGCGCUCGUGUUUCGCCAAGUUCCUUCUCGGGGAUCUUCCAGUGCAGGUUGGUCGAAGUGGAAGGCCGCCUUGCAGUCGCCGUGGGGGAGGUGCGGCAGUCAGAGCGCCAGACAGAGGAAUCAUGAACAGAGAAGAACGGAAGGAAAGCAGCUACUCAUGGAUUGGAAAAAACAUCCAUACUGAUAAACAGUCACAAAUUUCGUAUUAUAGGGGAGUAAAGAUUCAAGAGAGAAAAAACCUACCUGAAAUCAAUAUCUUCCUUAAAGAAUUUAUUUUAAUAGAGACUGAGGAAGUGGGUCAGCAGUUUGUGGCAAGACUUAAAAAACUAUAUGAAGAUGGUGCCCAGGAAAAGUAUGCAACCGUGGAGUUGUUCUCUCGUAUUGCAGAUAUACCUCUCAGUCAAAGGCUGUCUCUUGGACAAGAGGAUUCUAAUGAAAUAUUUCAGAAUGAAAAUAUGGAACAGGAUACCACCAUACUUGUUACAUCUAUUAUUUGUACUGUCCCGGUUAUUCCACUCUCUCCACAUGAAUUAUUGCCUGUUAUACCAAAGGAUGUACAGAUAUUCUUUAUAAGGAAAUCCUGGGAUGGAAAAAAGUUUAAGCCGCUGUCACCUAGAUUACUCGCAGAACUGAAGGACACUGUGAAAAUGAAGAGCACAGAUGUGAACUUUGCUACUGAGUAUCAUCUGAUUCCCAAGCACAAUGUUUGCUCUCUGGAAGUAGAACCUGAGCUGUUCGUUCACAGUGCCAGAAAAAGCCAGAAGAGCACAUUGGAAGUAGAAUCAAGGCACACGGCUUCUAAGUCAUCACUGGUUAAGCAGAGACGUUCUGAAAGAAUAGCCAAGGGCAAUCAUACCCCAGGAGCAAAGAAGAAAUUACAGCUAAACAGUCCUACAAAAUCUCCCCCAAGUAAAUUUGCAGAACAAGACUUAAUUGAACUUUUAGACUGUGAUUUCACAGAACCUUUUACGCGAUCAGCCCUCAAACGAAAAGUGAAAUUCAGUGGCAAUAAAGGUUCUCCCUCAAAAAUAUCUUGUGCUGCUGAUAAGGGAGAUCUCUUUCUAGACAUCAAACUACUUGAAGACCAUUCUGAUGAAAUGGACACAAGCCUGUCAUCUCCUUGCCAGAGGAACCAAGAGUCUAGUCGGAAAACCAGGAGAUCGGCUUUAAAAAACACUACUAUUGAUUCAAGUGAUACAGUGAAACAGAAUGAGAUUUGUAAAAUAGCUAAUGGAUUGAAAGAUUCAAAGAAACAAUUAACAAUUCUUCACAGCAACUCCAAGAAUCAGCAAAGUUUGGGUGAAGAAGAGGUAUUGACAAUUGGGAGCCUAGCGGAAACUCCACGCUCACGUAGGAAAUGUGCACAAAUUACUGCUACACGCAUAGCAGAGCAGCUAGGUGUUUUAGGUACAGCUCUGGUGAAAGGCAAGGAAGAGGACUUCCUUUCCCCUUCGGGAAGUUCUGAGUCCAGUAACAGUGAGGAUGAAAAAGAGGUAACCAUGCCUGUUAGGCCCAAAAGGCUGACAAAGUCAACCCGAAGAUCCUUGAGGAAACCAUCUGGAGAAAAAACGCCCAGAGACUCGUGCAAGACUCCUGAGCCAAGAACUCCAAAGACUCCACGUAAUGCUAUCCCCAGAAUCCGCAACCGGAAUCAGACCGUACAGAAACCAGCCAGUGUGCUAGAAGAGGCCAGAAUGAGACUCCAUGUGUCUGCUGUCCCAGAGUCCUUGCCUUGCCGUGAAAAGGAAUUCCAGGAUAUCUAUAACUUUAUAGAAAGCAAACUCAUUAAUGAAACAGGCGGAUGUAUGUACAUUUCUGGAGUUCCUGGUACAGGCAAAACAGCCACAGUUCAUGAGGCAAUUCAUUAUCUGCAGCAGGCAGUGGAAAAUAAUGAGCUGCCAUCUUUUCAGUUCAUAGAGAUUAAUGGUAUGAAGUUGACUGAUCCUCACCAAGCCUAUGUGCAGAUCUUGAAGUUACUGACAGGUCAGAAGGCAACUGCGAACCAUGCUGCUGAGCUCCUGGAGAAGAUGUUCUGCAAGCCUAGCUCUAAAAGGAAAACAAUAGUACUUGUAGUAGAUGAGCUUGACCUCUUGUGGACCCGAAAACAGAAUGUGAUGUACAACCUCUUUGACUGGCCGACCAAAAAGAAUGCCAAGUUGAUUGUCUUAGCCAUUGCAAACACCAUGGACUUGCCAGAGAGAAUUAUGAUGAACAGAGUAGCUAGCAGGCUGGGUCUUACCAGGAUGUCUUUCCAGCCAUAUACGUUCAAGCAAUUACAAACGAUUAUCUCAUCAAGGAUGAAUGAUUUGAAAGCAUUUGAAGAAGAAGCAAUUGAGUUUGUUUCUAGAAAGGUGGCAGCUUUAUCUGGUGAUGCAAGACGUUGCCUUGAUAUCUGCAGAAGGUCCACUGAGAUCUGUGAACUUGCUGAUCAGAAAAGUGAUUCUGGAUUGGUCAGCAUAACGCAUGUUAUGAAAGCCACAGAUGAAAUGUUCUCAUCACCAUAUAUAAAUACAAUCAGGAAUGCUUCACUGCAGGAGCAAAUUUUUCUGAAAGCAACGAUAGCAGAAUUUCACAGGUUAGGACUGGAAGAAGCAACAGUUCAUCAGGUCUUUCAUCAGCAUGUUGCACUGUGCAGAAUUGAAGGCCUGCAAACUCCUACCAUCUCAGAAAUAAUGGCGAUUGCCUCCCGACUUAGUGCUUGUAGACUCUUGUUAGCAGAAUCAAGUCAUAAAUACCUUCACAUGCGAAUUCGACUUAAUGUUAGCCAGGAUGAUGUUAUGUAUGCACUCAAGAAAGAAGAGUAAAGCAACGGCACCACGCCUGUUAGUGCAUGCACGUGUACAGGGGGUUAUCUUAAAUUUUAAAGAGAUUUAUUUGAAAUAAUGGUGCUGACUAAACCUUGAAUAUGAUUUUUUUUAUUUUUAAACUUAAUUAUUUUUUCACUGUGUUUUAUCCAUUU